AUGCGUUUCUUCAGGGCUGUCACGGCCUUGGUUUGGCUACUUGUCUCUGGGGCUGUUGCCACUGACAAUGGCCUCACCGAUGUUGUGUCGUGGGACCAGUACAGUCUUCUGGUCAACCAUACGAGAGUAUACAUCUACUCAGCCGAGUUCCAUUACGCGAGACUGCCCGUCCCCGAGUUGUGGCCUGAUGUGCUCCAAAAGUUCAAGGCCAAUGGUUUCAACGCUGUGAGCAUCUACUUCUUCUGGUCCUACCACUCCGCCUCCGAGGGCGUCUUCGACUUCGAAACCGCCGGCAAGAACAUCCAACGCCUGCUUGACUACUGCAAGGAGGCCGGCUUGUACGUCAUCGCAAGAGCUGGACCGUAUUGCAAUGCCGAAACCAACGGCGGUGGCCUCGCGCUAUGGGGCGCCGACGGCCGCUUCGGCAAACUUAGAUCCUCGGAUGAGCGGUAUUACAAGGGUUGGCUACCAUACAUCAACAAGGUCGCCAAGAUCAUUGCCGCCAACCAAAUCACGAACGGCGGACCUGUCAUUCUAAACCAAGUCGAAAACGAGAACACCCAGACCGCUUACAAUGCCGAAAACACAUUGGUCAUAUACAUGGAGCAGCUUAAGAAGGCAUUCCACGAAGCUGGUGUCGUCGUGCCCCUGACUCACAACGAAAAGGGCUUCCGUGGACGCUCUUGGUCGACCGACUACAACAACGUCGGCGGCGCUGUCAACAUCUACGGCCUCGACAGCUACCCUGGCGGUUUGUCUUGCACGAACCCGGGAACUGGAUUCAACGUUGUUAGGACGUACUACCAAUGGUUCCAGAGCGUCGCGUGGACACAGCCAAGCUACUUGCCUGAGUUUGAAGGAGGGUGGUUCUCGAACUGGGGAAGUGAGACCUUCUAUGAUGCGUGCGCUUCUGAGCAUGACCCAGCCUUCCCGGACGUCUACUACAAAAACAACAUCGGCCAGCGCAUCACCUUGCUCAACGUCUACCUGAGCUACGGAGGAACAAACUGGGGCCAUAGCGCUGCUCCGGUGGUCUACACAAGUUACGAUUACAGUGCUCCUCUUCGAGAGACUCGUGAGCAGUGGACCAAGCUCUACCAGACGAAGCUCAUCGGACUCUUCACCAGAGUUUCCAGCGGGCUCUUGAAAGUCGAGAUGGUUGGAAAUGGUACGGGCUACCAGCUUUCGUCCUCAAACGCCUUCACCUGGGUCCUCCGAAACCCAGACACCCAAGCCGGCUUCACUGUUGUGCAGCAAAACAACACUCGUUCCCAGACUCCUAUCCAAUUUGAUGUCACCCUCAACACGACUGCCGGUUCGGUAACCGUUCCCGGCGUGGUGCUAAACGGUCGUCAGAGCAAGAUUCUUGUCUCGGACUAUGCUCUUGACAAACACACUCUGCUCUACGCCUCCGCUGAUAUUGCCACCUACGGCGUCUUCGAUAAGGAGGAGGUGCUCGUCUUUUAUCUGCAAGAGGGCCAGACGGGAGAGUUCGCUUUCAAGGAUGAGACCGACGUAACAUUUGAAGUCUUUGGCGACUCUGAAGUCAAGGCGACCAAGAACGGCGACCACGCAGCUUUUACCUGGAAGCAAGCUUCCGGCUCGACGGCGGUCAAAUUCUCCAACGGUGUCCUUGUUUAUUUCCUAGAGCAGAAGACUGCCUGGCGCUUCUGGGCCCCGCCGACCACCUCCAACCCGACUGUCAAGCCCAACGAGCAACUCUUCGUUCUCGGUCCCUACCUGGUCCGCAGCGCCAGCAUUUCCCACGGCGUGCUUCACAUCUCCGGCGACAAUGACCGGGCUACAACUCUUGAGGCCUACGUUGGCGACAAGCCUAUCGAAACUAUCGACUGGAACGGAAAGCGCCUACCCGCUACGAAGACUUCCUACGGCUCCUUUACCGCCCAGAUUCCGGGCGCUGAGGACCGCACCAUUGCCCUCCCUGAGCUCAAGAACUGGCGCUCCGCCGACGCGCUCCCCGAGGCGGCCCCCGAUUAUGACGACUCACGUUGGGUGGUCUGCAACAAGACAACAACACUGAACCCGUACGCUCCAAUUACCCUGCCGGUGCUCUACAGCUCCGACUAUGGCUUUCACCCAGGCGCCAAGAUCUACCGCGGCUACUUCGACGGUGCCAACUCCACAUCCGUCAACAUCACUGCCUCGGGUGGGUUGGCAUUCGGCUGGUCAGCCUGGAUCAAUGGGCAGUUCAUCGGCGGAGACGUCGGAUCGGCCUCGGCGACGACGACCAAUAAAUCCCUUGCCCUCCCGAGCUCUGCACUGCGCGCGUCUAACAAUGUCCUAACUGUUGUUGUCGACUACCACGGACACGACCAGACUUCGACAGCGCAGGGCAUCAACAACCCGCGCGGCAUCCUCGGCGCGCAACUACAGCCUGGCACCACUCGCACAUCGACGGGUUUCAAGCAGUGGAAGCUUACUGGCGCAGCCGGCGGCGAGGCCAAUAUCGAUCCUGUCCGCGGACCCAUGAACGAGGGCGGCCUUCACCCAGAGAGACUCGGCUGGCAUCUUCCGGGUUUCACCCCAUCCGGAUCAUCGUGGACGGCAGAGUCCCCGCUCGAGGGUCUUUCCAAGGCGGGCAUUCGCUUCUAUACCACUACGUUCACACUCAACAUCGACUCCGACCUCGACGCGCCGCUCGGGCUCGAGUUCUCCGCGCCCAAGGGCACGCCGGCGCGCGUCAUGUUCUGGAUUAACGGCUACCAGUAUGGUAAGUACGUCCCUCACAUCGGCCCGCAAACGCGGUUUCCCGUGCCGCCGGGCGUGCUCAACAACCGCGGCCGCAACACUCUGGCCGUCAGCUUGUGGGCGCAAACGGACGAUGGCGCCAAGCUCGACGGGCUGAAGCUGGUUCAGUACGGGCAGUACCAGACGGACUUCAAGUUCAACCGCGACUGGGGCUACCUUCAGCCAGGCUGGGAGGAUCGACAGGAGUAUGCUUGA